AAGAAGAGUUCUAUGCAAGAGCUCCGGAGAGGUUGACUAAACCACUCCCAGAAGGUGGAGCAACUGAAAAGCAGAAACAACAUCAUCUCAUGCUUCAAAGGUUAAACUUUGAAAAAGAAGAACGCAUGAG